ACAGAAACCAAGUGCUGGGAAACUCAGAGCUAAAACUGAACGGCAGAAGCGAAAAAGCUCUCCUUCCUUGGUAGCGCGACAACGGGGAUCCUGCGCGAUGAACGAAGAGCUUUUCAUUGAUUCUUUUAUCAUCGUAGCGGAGUGUAGAAGUGAAAAUUUCGAGUGGAGCAUUAAAUUGGUGCAAAUUCCAGUGAAAAAGGCCAGAAUUUGGCUGAAAAUAGUGAAACGAUGAUGAAGAACCGACCGGGGCCUGGAUUCGAUGGCCCUUACUUAGCGAGAGUUCGAUUGCGCUAGAAAAUCGGUGGUGGAAAAUUUUGGGGAGUGUGAAGGAGCCUCUGCAGGGCUGAAAAUUUCCUAGCCUGUGUGAAUCGUAGUGUAAAAUUUGUAUCACCAGGCCACCUGCUUCAGAUGUGGAUCAGAAUGCGAAGGAAAAAGUGCUAGCAGAGUUCAAGUCGUCCUUCUGGAACAAAGUUUUGGUGUCUGGUCAGCAUUUUGAAUAAGGUUCUGUUGGAAAUUGUGCAAAAAGGAAGAUUGCUGCCUAGCAUAUUGGGGCAGCCUGAGUGAAGAACGACCGUGGGCUGCAGAAGGCUACUCUGGUGGCAGAGGCCAAGGUAAAAGAGAAAGAAAAAUUGAUUGAACCCACACUCUCCAUGGUCGUGAUAAGUGAAAAUUGUGAAAACUCUCGAGGUGAAAAAAUGUUUGCAAUAGAAUUGUAAGUGCAAAAAGUGCAAACGAAGAAAAAUCAAUGAAUGCAGAAACAAGUGCAAAUAUUGUAUGCUAAGUAUGCUGAACGGAACGACGGGAAAAUGCAUCUCUAGAGUGAAAGGCACCAUGGCAGCCUAGAAACAGCCGCAUUGUGGUCGGAAGAGUAGUGCACACUUAACGAUAAGCUGCCCUCGUCCUCAUUCCGGGUGCUCUACUCCGUUCCGAUGUAUCUCCUGUAUACCUACGUACCACCGAAGUUCUAGCUGUGAAAUCCAUUCGCCAACGGGUUUUGGAUAUAAGAAGAAACUAAUUCCUACGACGUCGUGUCCCUUCCCUGAAAACGUUCGUUGAAACAAGAUAUUCCCGCUCUAUUCGAUCAACAAAAUAAGUUUAAAAAGAGCUAAAACAAUAACAAACCGGCUGUAAUCAGACAAACGAAAGACACUUGAAAUCUAAGUCUCCUGAGAAGCGCACAGGAUUCUCUACGUGCAUGGUUCAAAAUCCAUCAUCUUGCGGAUGCCACAAACAACCAUUAGACCCGGAAAUAUAGCCAAAUAACAUUAAACAGCGAGCUUCAUUAUUAAGUAGUGCUAAAUAAUUCGGUGCAGCACUACAAAUCAGUUGUGAAUCGUAACUUUUAUGACGUACGUAUGGUCGAAAAUACCUACUCCGUUAACAGUUGUGCAGACCGCGGAUUAUUCGCGGCAUAUUAUGUCUCGUGAAGCCUACAGCUCAGGUCAAACAGUUAAUACAGGCACUAGAAGUCCCGGUCGCCCAAGCAGACGUUUAACAGAGCUACCAACCGUCGAUAAGUCGCCAUCGAGAGAGUACGGAGCCCGAGGAAGUCCUUUAGCCAUGGGUAGUCCAUACUACAGGGAUAUGGAUGAGCCCAUCAGUCCAGCUGGGGGAGGACAUCAUCGCAGUAGAAGUGCAACGCGUGCACCAACACACUCCAUGGAAUACCCACGAGAACAGCUACGAACUCGUUAUCAAUCACUCGACAGAGGACUAGUGGACCCACAUGACAGAGAAUUCAUCCCGAUUCGGGAGCCACGAGAUCGCUCCCGCGAUCGUUCUUUGGAGCGAGGUCUCUACUUGGAGGAGGAACUUUACGGCCGCCCACCAAGACAAAGUCCGGGUCAUCUGAGUAUGCCGGACCGGGGGUAUCUUGGUGAUUUGCAGGUGCAAAACAAUGAAUUACAGCGUGAACUGGGCAAUCUGAAGAAGGAACUAGAUCUGACAAAUCAAAAAUUAGGUAGCUCCAUGCACAGUAUUAAGACAUUCUGGUCUCCAGAGUUGAAAAAAGAACGCGCCCUGCGUAAAGAGGAGAGCGCCAAAUACAGUCUAAUCAACGAUCAACUGAAGUUACUGAAUAGCGAAAAUCAG